CUGGCUGGAAUUACAGGCCUAGGUGGUUCAUUCUUGCUGCAUAAAUACCUAGUUUACGGUGUGUUCUUUAGCAGCUUUUAUAUAAUUCUCCCUGCACUGCUGGCUGUUGUUGGAGGAGUCAUCCUCUUCAUCAGUGGAUGCAUUGGCUGUGUGGUGUCCAACAAAAAACCUUCAUGUGGACACGGGUUGUUUGUGUAUCUUCUCAUUAUUGUGUGGUGCAUUGUGGGUACUACUGCGGCAUUGGCAUAUACUAAUAAAGGGAAGCUUGAUGUAGACUUGGCUCCCCUUAAAGAUGUGUUUCAGAACUACAGUGGUAACAGCCAAGAUCCUGAUACCAAAGCAGUGAAUGCCCUUCAGCGUGAGAUUGUUUCACUUUUUUGUUACAGUUGCGGUGUUAAGAACUACACAGACUGGUUGGAAACACCCUGG